AUGGAUGUGGUGCGCAAUGAAUGGCAUAGAGAGCCACAAUGGACGUGGCCGGGACAUAAGAGAGGGCGAGAGAGCGACCGAAUAGAAGGCAAAAAGGCGGAGAUUUCUGGAUGCACGCGCGAUGCUGAAUCUCGGAGACCGAUAGACUCGCGCCUUUUUUCUUCCACGUCCUAUCAACAAGCGCUCUUCAGGGCGAUUGCUUUGGUCAACGAACUGACGUCGCACCAUGCGGAGGUACCUUGGUACAGGACUCCUCCACCCACCUACAAUGAUGCCCUCAACGACCUACCGCCGGAAUACUCUUCACUUCCCGCGCGGGCCGAAGCGAAACCGUUCCAUCAUGAAUCUGCGCCUCCCUUACCCUCUCGCAAACCCUACCAAGACCGCCCAAAAUCAUCUGCCUCACCUUCAAUUGAUUUCGACAGUACUCAUGGUUUCCGCCAACAUGGUAAAAAGACAAAGGCCAAACAACAAGCAAGAAAUCCUCCACAGGAGUCUUCAACAGGCGAUGGAGAUAAAGGGAAAAAAGACAAUGAUGCUGUAGGUGGCGGAAAUAAUACAGGUGGAAAUGGGGCAGGUGAUGGAGGCGAAUAUGGUGGAGGUGGUGGUGGCGGCGAUGAAGAACCGUGGGGCGGUUGGAAUGUCAGCAGCAGCAAGAAGAAGAGCAAGAAGAAUAAAGAGGAGGAGGAAGAAGAGCGAAAGAGAAAGGAGGAAGAGGAAGCGGCAGCUGCUGGUACAAACGCCAAUAACCUCAGUUGGGCAGAUGAUGCGGAAGCCGCAAUUGAAGAUGAUACGUGGGCAGGAUUUAACACCGUGGGCAAGAAAGAUAAGAAGAAAAAAGAUCUGCUUAAUCCAAACCCGACGGAUCAAAGUAAUAAUUUCCAAGAAAUCAGUCUGAACGAUGGUGCGCCGCAGCUCGAUCUAAGUUUUGAACCGACGAAAGGCAGCUCCGGUGGAGGGGGGAUCAGUUUUGGAGGGUGGGGAAAAGAUUGGAAUACCGGCAAUAAAUGGGGAUUUGGCUCACUCGAUAAUAGUUCUACUUCCGCCACAAAGGAGCAACCCAGCAAAGAUGAGAAUCCUUGGAAUUUGUCAGGCUCAAAGAAAACGAAGAAGACCACACUGGGUUUUGAUUUUGGCGAUCUCGGAAGUCCUGGCACUGGUGAUAUUGGCGAUUCAAAGCAGAACAACGAUGACGAUGAUUGGGCCAACUUUACUUCCGUGACCAAGAAAGACAAGAAGAAAAAGAAGGGGGAAGUUGAAGAACCUACACCAGAACCGGAGCACUCUGAAGACUGGGGAGCAUGGAGCGCAAAGAAGAAGGGCGAUUCAAUUUCUGCGACUGCCGGGACAGCUUCACAGGGGACUAAUGAUGUAUGGGCUGCUUGGGCAACCAAAGACAAGAACACGAAAGGUACCAAAGCAAUUGGAUCAAUUUCCGAAGAACCCGUGUCCGCGAAGCCGACUCAAACUGAUGAUAUUUGGGCUGCCCUAGUCAACGACGACAAGAAACAACCAAUUGAGCCACCUGCUGAGCCAGUAAUUGACAAUGUUUGGGCUAUACCAGCAAAAAAGGACAAAAAAAAGUCCUCGAAGAAAAGUUUAGAGCCUGAGCCAGUGCAAAGCAAAGUUGAGGACGUUUGGACUGCAUUUGAAUCUACGGACAAGAAUGACACGAGCAAGGCCACCGAGGUCGAUGAGGAUACUGGAUGGAGCUGGAAAAUCGGCGCGAAUAAGAAAGACAAAGCCAAGGCGAUUGAAGAUCCUAUCCCGACCGCAGAACCUGCUGCAGGCGAAACUGACUGGUUCGGCGGCUGGGGAGCUGCUGGCAAGAAAAAGAAAAAGGGUCUUUUGGAGGAGAUUUCUUCAUUCGUGACCGAUGCUGUUCCAGAAGCGGAAGUCCAACCGGAGCCCGAACCACUCAAAAACCAUGAAUUCUGGGACAACUGGGAUAAAUGGACAUCUACACAGCGCAAGAAGAAAGAAAAAGAGGCUGUAAAGAAAGGGAUUCCACCUCGCAUUGAAAUUCCAGAAACGAUUCCCGAGCCUGAGCCAGAACUAGAACCAGAACCUACACCUGAGCCACCUAAAAACCAUGAAUUUUGGGAUGGAUGGGACUCAUGGAGCCUAUUGCAGCGCCGAAAAAAGGAACGAGAAGCUCUCAAGUCUGGAAUCCCCCCUCGUAUCGAAAUUCCAGAACCAGCUCCUGAGCCUGAACCCGAACCCGAACCUGAACCUGAAAAACCGAAGAACCAUGAGUUCUGGGACGGUUGGGAUCUAUUGACGCCACUACAGCGCAGGCGAAGGGAGAAAGAGGCUGUUAAGCUUGGAAUCCCCCCUCGCAUCGAAAUUCCAGAACCAGCUCCUGAGCCUGAACCCGAACCCGAACCCGAACCUGAAAAACCGAAGAAUCAUGAGUUCUGGGAUGGUUGGGAGACUUGGUCCCCUACGAUACGCAAGAAGAAGGACAAAGAAGCAGCCAGAAGACUAAUCCCACCAUUGAUUGAGAACCUUACCCCUGAGCCAGAACCAGAACCCGAACCAGAACCCGAGCCAGAACCUGAGUCCGAAAAACCGAAGAAUCAUGAAUUCUGGGAUGGUUGGGAGGACUGGUCCUCCGCAAUGCGCAAGAAGAAGGACAAAGAAGCAGUCAAGAAGGGAAUUCCGCCUUUGAUUGAGGACCUUACCCCUGAGCCAGAACCAGAACCCGAGCCGGAGCCUGAGCCAGAACCUGAGCCUGAAAAACCGAAGAAUCAUGAAUUCUGGGACGGUUGGGAGGACUGGUCCUCCGCAAUGCGCAAAAAGAAGGACAAAGAAGCAAUCAAGAAGGGAAUUCCGCCUUUGAUUGAGGACCUUACCCCUGAGCCAGAACCAGAACCCGAGCCGGAGCCUGAGCCAGAACCUGAGCCUGAAAAACCGAAGAAUCAUGAAUUCUGGGAUGGUUGGGAGGGCUGGUCCUCUGCGAUGCGCAAGAAGAAGGACAAAGAAGCAGUCAAGAAGGGAAUUCCGCCUUUGAUUGAGGAUCUUACCCCUGAGCCAGAACCGGAGCCUGAAGCCGAACCCGCACCUGAGCCUGAGCCUGAGCCAGAACCCGAACAUAAGAAACUGAAAAACCAUGAAUUCUGGGAUGGUUGGGAGGGUUGGACUUCCACUAUGCGCAAGAAGAAGGAUAAGGAAGCAGUCAAGAGAGGUAUUCCUCCAUUGAUUGAGGAUCUUGCCCCUGAGCCAGAACCUGAACCCGAACCUGAGCCAGAGCCAGAGAAACCUAAGAAUCAUGAGUUCUGGGACGAGUGGGACACAUGGUCUCCUUCACAGCGUAAAAAGAAAGAGAAAGAAGCUGUGAAAAAGGGAAUACCGCCACGAAUUGAAAUCCCUUCUGAGCCGGAGCCGGAGCCGAUACUAAUUGAAGACGUGGAGCCAGAGCCGGAACCGGAACCAGAGCCUGAGAAACCAAAGAAUCACGAGUUCUGGGAUGACUGGGAUACAUUGACCCCUCUGCAACGUAAAAAGAAGGAAAAAGAAGCUUUGAAGAAAGGCAUUCCACCACGCCAAGAACCUCCACCGGAGCCAGAACCAGCGCUGAUUGAAGAAGUAGAGCCGGAACCUGAACCGGAACCUGCGCCUGAGAAACCUCAAAACCACGAAUUCUGGGAGGGCUGGGAUACAUGGACCUCUUCGCAAAAGAAAAAGAAAGAAAAGGAAGCUGUGAAGAGGGGUAUACCGCCACGGAUUGAAGACCUCCCUCCUGAACCUGAGCCAGUGCUCAUUGAAGACGUGGAGCCAGAACCUGCAUCUGAGCCUGAGCCUGAGAAACCCAGGAAUCACGAGUUCUGGGAUGGCUGGGAUGAAUGGACCCCUCUACAACGCAAAAAGAAGGAAAAGGAAGCUAUCAAGAAAAAUAUUCCACCGCGUAUGGAACUUCCACCAGAGCCCGAGCCUGAACCAGAGCUUGAACCCGAACCUGAACCUGAACCUCCACGUAAUCAUGAGUUUUGGGAUGGAUGGGAUGGUUGGAGCUCCAAAGACCGCAAAAAAAAGGAGAAGGAAGCGAAGCUAAUGGGCAUCCCACCACGAAUAGAGAUUCCUGUGCCAGAAACUGUGCCAGAACCUGUGCCAGACCCUGAGCCGGAACCGGCUCCCGAAGCAGUUGUAAAAAAUCAUGAGUUUUGGAACGGGUGGGAUGAUUGGAGCUCUAAAGAACGCAAGAAGAAAGAAAAGGAGGCAAUUAUAAGGGGUAUUCCUCCACGACAAGAGAUUGUCGAAGCUGCGCCUGAACCCGAGCCUGAAAUCGAGCCUGAACCUGAACCUCCACGUAAUCAUGAGUUUUGGGAUGGAUGGGAUGAUUGGAGCUCCAAAGAUCGCAAAAGAAAGGAGAAGGAAGCGAAGCUAAUGGGCAUCCCACCACGAAUAGAGAUUCCUGUGCCGGAACCUGUGCCAGACCCUGAGCCGGAGCCGGUUCCCGAAGCAGUUGUGAAAAAUCAUGAGUUUUGGAACGGGUGGGAUGAUUGGAGCUCUAAAGAACGCAAGAAGAAAGAAAAGGAGGCAAUUAUAAGGGGUAUUCCUCCACGACAAGAGAUUGUCGAAGCUGCGCCUGAACCCGAGCCUGAACCCGAGCCUCAACCUGAACCUCCACGUAAUCAUGAGUUUUGGGAUGGAUGGGAUGAUUGGGGCCCUAAAGAACGCAAAAAGAAGGAGAAAGAAGCCAAUACAAGGGGCAUUCCACCACGGCGGGAAUUGCCUGCUAUUGAAUCUCUUCCAGAAGCUCCCGAGGCUCCCAGAAUUGAGCCAAUUGCGGUUGUAGAAGAUCCAAAAGAUGACUUUUGGACUGGUUGGGAUGCAUGGACAUCUACAGAGCGCAAGAAAAAGGAAAAAGAAGCGAAGAAGAAAGGGAUUCCACCUCGUGGGGAAGCUCCGAUUAUGGAUUCAUUACUUGAAGCUCCACCGCCUCCUGCGCCUACGCCGCCUGCCCAGGGUCUGACACCAGAGCCACAUUUGGAAAACUUUUUAGACGAUGACGCAUGGGGAGAUAUUCCGAUCAAAUCUUCUAAAUUUAAGAAGGGAGUUCUUUCAAAGACAACCAAGCUCGAGGACACUAAAAUUUCGAGCUCCAAGAACAAGGACGAGGAUUUGUUGGAUUCGUUAAAACCGGUUGAAGAGACUCCUGCUAAAUCAGUGAGGGGAUUUUGGGCAUCUUUUGGUGCUACACCGACUACGAAAACCAAAUCCAAGGAGGAGAAACCCAAAGAAACGUCGUUGGUUGAAGACCUCCUUAUCGAUGUUGGAAGUACUUCUGAAGCGCCAGACGCGCUCUUAUUGGACGAAACAUCCGCGCCAGCCGCGCCCCCGCCUAAAGCCACGUCCAAAACAACUAAGCCGUCGGGGCGACUCUCUGUCGCUGAGCGCAUCGAGGCUCUGGAGAGACAGAAGCGAGAAAAAGCCAGGGAGAAGGAAAAGGACAAGGAAAAAGACAGGAGGCUUACCAAAGAACCCCCCGCUGACAUUGAAGCUCCACCUCCGCCUCCACCCCUGGCGCCUGAGCCAGCCCCGGAGGACCCGCCACCCAAGAAGAGCAGCACCAAGUCGAAGUUGACGAAGUCAUCAACAACCAGAAAGGCUGUACCGAAGCCACCCACUCCAGAGCCUGUGGAGGAGGAGGCUUCUCGCGAUUCUAUUCCUGGUAGCUUUCCAGAGCCCGACCCGGAUCCAGAGGUUGAGCCAGAAGUGGCCCCACCCGAGCCAGAGAAAGCGUCCAGAAAGAGCAAGAAAUCAUCUGGAUUAAAGAAAUCCCCCGUCGCGACGAAAUCUUCCAAACGUGCACCAUCUCCUAGGCCAGAACCUCUCGUGGAAGAUUUUACGAUAGACAAUAUUAGCGCCGAAGAACCCGGCGACGCUCGCAGCCCCCCUACGCCGCCUCCUGAACCCUCGACUAAAUCUUCCAAGAAGGAACGUACAAAGAUUGAUCGUACAGCAGGAGGGGCUUGGGCACUCUGGGGAGCAACAGCACCACCGAAGAAGCCAGUUAAAAGGUCAAGCAAAGCUGAGAAAGACGACCAGUCUACCACAAAAGAGGAGCCCCCGGAGUUGUCUAGAUCGAAAUCGGAGGCAACGAGACAACGUAGGGUGCGCGAUUCUGAGAACGAGACAGACAAAAACGAGAUAGAGAAAUCUUCGUCGUCCGAUAAGGAUAAGCUGGCAGGGAACAAACGCCAGAGUCGAUCCGGUAUGGGAUUCUCCAACUUUCUUUCAGGUGGUCCGCCACCCUCUAGAAGCAAAUCUGUCAGGAAAUCAGGUACUUCUCGAGCGACAUCGAGAAGACAAUCAGUUGAUGUUGAGGAUACUGGACUUCUCUCACCACCUCCGGACGACAAGCCAGAAAUAUCUGAAAAGGCAGCCAAGUUGAUGGGCGUGAAGCCAUCUAGAGGAGCGCGAGAGAGUACGGGAACGAAGAAACGACGCAGUGUUCGUGAUCCUUACCCGCUUGAUAUUGACGAGGAAGAUCUCGUCAUGGUUGAUGGAGAGGUUGGAACUGAAACCAUUGAGGAAACCAAGCCGUCUAGGUCGAAGUCUAAGAGAAUGUCCAAAAACAAGGAAAUCGAGGAAGACGCUGUCAUAGUUGAGGCAGAACAAAGUCCUCCUAGUGCAGGUGUAAUUUCUGGCCCAGAUGACCUGGCAUUUGUUGAACCCCUUACGAAAGAACGCCGUCCAAGAAAGCCAGCAGCGGUACCCAAAAAGCCGGAAACUGGAGGCUUGAUGGGCUUGUUUGGCUCAUUAAGGAAGCCAAGUAAGCCAGAACCCCAGCGGCGGAAAUCUCGACCUCGCCGGGAGGAUAUGACGGAAACAGAGAGGGACGAUAAACGAGCAAAGCGUGAGCGACGUCGAUCUGUGAAGCCUGACACCGAUGUCGAAGGAUUUACUACUGAUGCUGGCCCCGUUAUGGCUGAUGAAGAAGCAACUGAUGCUGAUGCUGCUCGCAAAGCAGAACGGAGAGCUCGUCGACGAACAGCAGAAGAGAAAGCUCGCGAAGCGGAGCUCAAAGAAGCUGAAGAAAGUCGUGCUCGUAAAGAAAGGGCCCGAGAGCAACGUGAAAAGCGUAUCCGAGAGGAAGAGGAACGGGAAGCACAACGACGUGAAGAAAAGCGAGCUCGACGCGCAGCACGCGAGGAACGACGCGCGAAAGAAGAACAAGAGGCAAGGGAGGCCGAGAUGCGUGCCAAAGCAGAGGCUGCCGAGCGACGUGAAAGAAGGCGCACGCGAGAUGCAGGAGAGAUGAAUGGAGGGGUUUCUAGACGUGUCUCGAAGGCAGAGCGACGGCGCUCAGAGCGCCGCUCAGAAGAUGAGCCUCCCCGAACUUCCCGUCGUAAAUCAAUGGCACCGGAUCCAGCUGAAGCUCCACGUGGCUAUGGAGUUCCUGGAAAAGAAAAGACAUCUUCCUGGAUCAACUCCCAGGUCAUGGACCCUCCCGAGGCCCCCCCUAUCGUGCCCACUGUCCUGGACGUUCCCCCGAGCGCUGAGAAUGCCUAUUCACACUCGCUAUCCUCUGACGAGGAGGCACGGCGAAGGAUUCGUCGCCAAGCCCGUCGACGUUCGAAGUAUCCUGGUAUGACGGACGAAGAAAUUGAAGAUAUGCGCAAUGGUCGACGUGAAUCUCGUCGGCCUGUAAAGAGUAGCUCUGGUAGUGGCGACUAUGAGCGCGAACGUAGCAGCAGACCCCGUGAGGCUCCAAUUUCUCGAGCACCAAGCACCAAGCGGACGAGCUGGUUCAAGAAAUUGACGAAAAUCUAA